GCCAAGAAUCCGUGGAAAACCGAAUGCGCCUGCGUAACCAGACGUGGCAGCGGCAUCAUGGCCUCUUGGAACUGCAACGGGAGUCAGAUGAGAGAGGCGAAAAUGUUCAUGCUGGUGCUGCUGGUGUGGCUGCUGUCGUUGUUGGAGGCUGUGAAGGUAUCACCUCUCAUAGAGAAAGUCAAUGACCACAAAGACUUCAAGAAGCUGCUCAGAACGAGAACCAAUGUUCUGGCGCUCUACACAAAGACAGCUACAUCAGGGGACUUGUACCUGAAACUGCUCUCCGAUGUUGCCCAAACUGUAAAGGGCCAAGGGACUAUUGCCUGGAUCAACUGUGGAGAUUCAGAGGGUCGUAAGCUCUGCAAGAAAGUGAAGGUGGACCCCAGCUCCAAACACGGAGGAGCAGAGUUGCUGCACUACAAAGAUGGGACAUUCCACACAGAGUACAAUAGACCUGCUACAUUUAAGUCUAUGGUAGCAUUUUUGAAAGACCCAUCAGGGCCUCCGCUGUGGGAGGAGAACCCUGAAGCAAAAGAUGUCAUCCACGUCGAAACAGAAAAAGACUUCAGGAAGCUGCUGAAGAAAGAGGAGAAGCCAGUUCUUAUAAUGUUCUAUGCUCCCUGGUGCGGGGUUUGUAAGAGAAUGCAGCCAGUUUUUCAGCAAGCAGCCACAGAAACAAAGGGAAAAUAUGUAUUGGCAGGGAUGAAUGUGCACCCAGCUGAGUUUGACGGUCUCAAGCAGGAAUACAACGUGAAAGGGUACCCAACUUUCUGCUACUUUGAGAAAGGGAAGUUCCUUUAUCACUAUGAAAACUAUGGAGCUACAGCCAAAGACAUGGCAGACUGGUUGAAGAACCCUCAGCCCCCCCAGCCGAAGACACCAGAGGUACCAUGGUCGGAGACAGACUCCCUGGUCUUCCACCUGACUGAUGAGUCCUUUGACAGCUUCCUGGAGGAACAUCCUGCAGCCCUGGUCAUGUUCUACGCCCCCUGGUGUGGCCACUGCAAGAAAAUGAAGCCAGAUUAUGAUGAAGCUGCAGAAAUACUCAACAAGGGCGCAGAUAGUCCAGGUGUGUUGGCAGCAGUGGAUGCCACAGUUCACAAAGCUGUAGGGGAUCGCUUCAAGAUCUCUGGUUUCCCCACGGUUAAGUAUUUCGAGAAGGGUGAAGAGAAAUACACACUCCCACACCUCCGAAGCAAAGACAAGAUCAUCGAGUUCAUGCAUAAUCCCCAGGCCCCUCCACCACCAGAGCAGUCUUGGGAGGACAAACCCUCCAGUGUCAGCCAUCUUGGAUCUGAGGAUUUCCGCGAAGCUCUGAAAAAGAAAAAGCAUGCAUUGGUCAUGUUCUAUGCUCCCUGGUGUCCACACUGUAAAAACGCUGUCCCUCACUUCACCACAGCAGCUGAACUCUUUAAGGAGGACCGCAAGAUUGUGUACGCUGCUGUUGACUGCACAAAAGGUCAGAACCAUGAACUUUGUAAACAGGAGGGGGUGGAGGGCUACCCAACGUUCAACUACUACAACUAUGGCAAGUUUGUGGAAAAAUACAAUGGAGAUCGUGGGGAAACGGGCUUUACAGGAUUCAUGCGCAGCCUAAGAGGGCGUGACCAGGAAAAGGUGGUCAAGAGGAAGGAGGAGCUCUGAGGGCCACAUGCAGAGAUCAGGGUGAUGCACUGUGACCCUUGAGCCUAGCAAAGGCCCUUUCAGCACUGAUGUGGAAGACUCUAUGACCUCAGCGAAAGGCUAUUUUUUUAUACUGCGACGAUCAUCUUUGUAAUGAUACCGACAGAGUACCUACAGUCUGACCAACCACUUGAAAUUCUUUUUUUCUUCUUUUUUUCAUGGAUAUUCUGAUGGGCAGAAAAAAAAAAGUAAUUUUUAUUUUGUUUGUUUUUUUUUGUUAUUUUUUUUGCCCAAUCACUGUGACAGAAUAUGAAUACCCUAUACUGUAUCUAUGCAAUAAAAUAAAAAGACUCCUGCUUAGCCCUGCAGGGGUCUGUGACUGACCAUGGUGGUGGGCAUCAUAAGGUUAGAGGGGAGACUGCACUGUCCAUCACUGCACCAGGGUUCUUUUCCAGUCCCAUCAACCCUGCACUGUCUGCAGAUGACACUCUGAUUAUUGCCCAACAUUGUUUAUCCUUUUUUUGUUUUUUGUACAAAAACCUUCACACCAUUCUGAAUAUGGCUGUCAGUUAUGACUCAUUCAACUCGCCACCACUCACAUUAGUAAAGAAUGUGAAGCGCUGAAGUUGGUAAAAGGGUGUUGUAGCUGUGUGAAAUGCGUCAGUGUGGUGUAUGGGUCUGCACUAUUAUGAUUGGUUUGCUUUUAGAAUGGACUUGUUUUUGUUUGCUAAGAAAUUGUGGCCUUAAAGAUUAAAGAAUAUAAAAUA